GAUGUCAGAUGGCUCUUGCUCGUAGGGUGUGUGUGAGUGUGUGUUUGUUCGUUUGUUUACUGUACAGCGCGUCGCAUUCCCGCCCGUGUCCAUUAAAUCACCGGAGCGUGUUCAUGUUUUGCGGACUGCUGUGUGUGUGAAUAUGACAGGAGAGAAGAUCCGCUCGGUGCGCCGAGAGCGCAAGGCGGGUCUGGAUCUACUGGAGCCGGACGAAGAGGCGGCGGACACCGGGCCUAUCAAAGCUAACAAGAGCAGCAAGAUCAACCACAAGAUCACGCGGUCCAGUUCACAGCAGAACCAGAAGCACAUCGACCCGGAGAGUGUGUAUCCCGUACAUGAGUGUGUGUUCAGAGGAGACGUGCGGAGACUGUCAUCGCUCAUCCGAACUCAGAACAUCACGCAGAAAGACGUGCACGGUAACACACCCCUUCAUCUGGCGAUUAUGAUGGGUCAUAAAGAAUGUGCUCAUCUCCUGCUGGCCCAUAAUGCACCAGUGAAGGUGAAGAAUGCUCAGGGAUGGAGUCCGCUCGCCGAGGCCAUCAGUUACGGAGACAGACAGAUGAUCACAGCUCUUCUGCGGAAGCUGAAACAGCAGUCCAGGGAAAGUGUGGAGGACAAGAGACCCCGUCUGCUCAAUGCACUGAAAGAGCUUGGAGAUUUUUAUUUGGAGCUUCACUGGGAUUUCCAAAGCUGGGUGCCUUUACUGUCACGGAUCUUGCCCUCCGACACCUGCAAGAUCUACAAACAGGGAAUUAAUAUCCGUUUGGACACUACACUAAUCGAUUUCACGGAUAUGAAGUGUCAGCGAGGAGACCUGAGCUUCAUCUUCUGCGGCGACGCGGUUCCCUCACAGUCCUUCGUAGUUCUCGACAACGAACAGAAGGUCUAUCAGAGGAUACAUCACGAGGAAUCAGAGAUGGAGACAGAGGAGGAGGUGGACAUCUUAAUGAGCAGUGAUGUUUACUCCGCAACACUGUCCACUAAAUCCAUCACCUUCUCACGAGCGCAGAUGGGCUGGCUCUUCCGAGAGGACAAAACGGAACGGGUGGGGAAUUUCCUGGCAGAUUUCUACAUGGUGAACGGUCUGGUUCUGGAGUCCAGGAAGAGACGAGAGCACUUGAGUGAAGAGGACAUUCUGAGGAACAAGGCCAUCAUGGAGAGCUUCAGUAAAGGAGGAAACAUCAUCGAGCAGAACUUCGAGCCGGUGAGACGUCAGUCGCUGACCCCUCCGUCUCCAAACACUUUCUCCUGGGAGGAGUACAUCACCGCAGAGACGGGAAAAGCUCCUCAUCUCGGCCGAGAGCUCGUGUGCAAAGAGAGCAAGAAGAACUUCAAAGCAACGGUGGCCAUGAGUCAAGACUUUCCGCUGGGCAUUGAGUCGUUGUUAAAUGUUUUGGAGGUGAUCGCACCUUUCAAGCACUUCAAUAAACUCAGAGAAUUUGUUCAAAUGAAACUCCCGCCUGGAUUCCCAGUCAAAUUAGACAUCCCUGUGUUCCCCACCAUCACGGCCACCGUGACCUUUCAGGAGUUCCGUUACGAUGAGUUCGACGUCUCGAUUUUUACGAUUCCUAGUGACUAUAAAGAGGAUCCCAGUCGUUUCCCAGACCUCUGAGCUGCUGUCCCGCCAUCUCCACCCUGGGUCCCCGUCUCCAUCUAUCCAACCUGAUAACCCUAACCACCCUUUGGUUACUUUUGAGUCCGACGUUUGCAAGUUUCAUGUAGGAAAUACUUUACGUAAUAUGGACAUAAAGGGAUGGUGAGCGGACGCCUCGGGAAGUGUUAAAGCAGUCCCUCGGUCAAAGUGUGGAAGGGAACUGGCGCUCAGCAGAUACACAGGUGCACUACACUUUAAAGUUUUGUGUUGAUUUCUACACCACGAAUGGUUCGGUUACAUUUGAAACAGCGCCGUGGACGUCCGAGCCUUCAGUAAACAUCUACUAUGUUCCUGGCAGGGAAUAUGGCAUUAUAAGUUAUAACAUGAGCCUUGUUUUCAUAUAUAUCUUUGUACAAUUGUUGCAAACUUGUAAUCUCUUAAAAUAUAUGUGUAUAUUUAGGAAAGAAGCAGAAGGUGUCUAUAUAUGAUGUCACUUCUACAGAUAAGAGAAGCCUUUCUUUAUGCGAGUUGUAAAUGCCUCAUCUUUUGCCUUCUUUUGCUUGUCCUUUGUGUUUUGGUUGCGUAAUGGGAAAUAUCUUCAGAUGGGCGUGCGGUACCCGUGCAGCACUUUCCUCGUCACAGUGUCCAGGUGCUUGAGUUACUCACAUCCUAAUAACUAAUGUUUUUGAACAGGGUCAGAAUUUAAUGUAGCAUAUAAGUUUAGAUGGAUUGAUAGUGACUGGACAUCAUCGGUGGACUCACAUAUAUGUAUAACUGACACUGUAUGUUUACUGAGAUAUUAGUGCAAAGAUGUUUCCAGAAACGUUCAGUAAUAGCUUCACAUACGGUGGGGAGUGUUUUUAUGUUUGUGCUGUGUAUUGAGGGAACAGGAGCUCACGUCCACUUCGCACCAGCAGUAAGACCGUUGGACAAAUAACCGUUUUGUUGUUCCUCUACAGAAUCAAAAUAGGCCACUUCCAUGUCCCACUACUGGCUAGUGUGGAAAACUCAUGCGCUUUGAUUUUAUGACUAUAUUUUUACUACAGUUUCUUUUCCUCUGUGUCUUUCAGUUUAUUUUCGCUUUAUGCCAUGAAUACUCCUUUCAUUUUCUCCGAAAUGCAUUGAACUCCCUGUUGUACAGUGGGAACCUUGAACCUGUUAGACUUUUACAUGACAAAUUGUACUUAAUAAAAUGUCACUGUAUUAA